AGGCCCGGGGAGCAGCCCGUCCCGGGCAGCUCAGUGUAUGCGGGGAGCCGCGGGGCUGCGCGGCUGGUGAGAUGCGUGCGAGGCAGCUGCCGCCCGGGCACGGCUGGACUCUGGUGGGGCUGCAGGCAGAGUACAGCGUUUCAAAAUGCUGGAGAUUAUCUGGAUGAAGCUAGAGAUUACUUUUAAUGUGAUUGUGUCUUCAGACGUUCUGCUCCUGCAUUUCAUGAGCUAAAAUAUUUUAUAACAAUGAAAUCAGAUACCUUCACUGAUCUCCAAUUUAACAUUGUCCUGUCAAUCCAGAGAAGAAUUUCUGAAGGAGGAAUAUAGGUUCAUCAUAUACAUGGACUUCUCUUGUUGCACAAGGAUACUUUUUUCCAUUCUAAGAGGCUGCCUACACGAGGAUAAGUCUGCAUUUAAGAUACAGUCUGUUGAAAUAGGUGAAUGAGGAUACUUUUGAGUUGCCAACGUUUAUCUCCAUUUGUGUUCCCAGCUUUUUUUUUUUAGUACAUAACCAUGAAGGACAUGUAUAAAACAGCAGAGCUGAUGUGCUUCUGCGAGGCCUUUAUGUAAGCUUCUGUUGUUCAGACUUGGUGCUAGAGGACAGGCAAUCUGCUUUUGAUCAGCUGAUUGUUACUGCAGAAAGAGACCCUUUAAAGUAUAUUACAGCUGAAAUUAUUUUACUCUUUGGCUUGCACAGAAUGAAAGGGAAAAAUAAGUUUUACUGAUCAGAGGCAUUUUACUGAACUAAGAAAGGGAAAGUUCCAUUGUCCUUGUUUUCAUUUCAAACCAAGAACUGACAAUAUAUUUUUCUUAGAAUUUGACUGCUAAGGAGAUCUGGACAGAGUAAAGCAAGUCAGAUGUCAGCAAACGACUCUUCUCCCCCAUCCUUACAGAAGUUUUCCCCACCAACGUAUCAUGCUGCUGCACCACAAACCCCAUCUUUGUCUUCAAGUCCCCAGUCGGGGCUCUCCAGUCGACUCUCCAAUGGCAGUUUCAGCACCCAGAGUCUCACCAACUCCCGGAGCUCUAUGCAUGGAGUUUCCUUCCUUCUGCAGAUUGGUCUCACUCGAGAGACUGUCACCAUUGAAACUCAGGACCUGUCCCUCUCUGCUGUCAAAGACCUCGUGUGCUCUAUAGUUUACCAGAAGUUCCCAGAGUGUGGUUUCUUUGGCAUGUAUGACAAAAUUCUCCUCUUCCGUCAUGACCUGAACUCAGAUAAUAUUCUGCAGCGAAUUACAUCAGCAGAAGAGAUACACGAGGGGGAUCUUGUUGAGGUCGUACUAUCUGCUUUGGCUACAGUUGAAGAUUUCCAGAUUCGUCCACAUGCACUUUAUGUGCAUUCCUACAAGGCUCCUACUUUUUGUGACUACUGUGGAGAGAUGCUGUGGGGUUUGGUACGACAAGGAUUAAAAUGUGAAGGUUGUGGGUUAAACUACCAUAAACGAUGUGCCUUCAAGAUUCCAAACAACUGCAGUGGAGUAAGAAAGAGGCGUCUGUCUAAUGUGUCUUUACCAGGAGCAGGGCUUUCAGUUUCAAGACCAGCCCAAGCUGAAUAUACAUCCUCUGCCUCUGAAGAGCGCUGCUGCCCAGAGCCUAGUAAGAGGAUUCCCUCCUGGAGUGGCCGUCCCAUCUGGAUGGAAAAGAUGGUGCUUUGCAGGGUGAAGGUUCCACACACCUUUGCUGUUCACUCCUACACUCGUCCCACCAUAUGCCAGUAUUGCAAACGGCUCCUCAAGGGCCUCUUCCGCCAAGGAAUGCAGUGCAAAGAUUGCAGAUUCAACUGUCACAAGCGCUGUGCAGCUAAAGUACCUAAAGACUGUCUUGGAGAGGUGAUUUUCAAUGGAGAACCUGCUAGCCCAGGCCAGGACUUGGACAUGCCGAUGGAAGUUGAUAGCAGUGAAAUGAACAGUGAUGGUAGUCGAAGUCUAGAUGAUGCUGAAGAGCCCUCUCCUCCAGAGGACAAAAUCUUCUUUAUGGAUCCAUCUGAUCUUGAUACAGACAAAGAUGAGGAAGCUGUCAAGACAAUCAGUCCUUCAACAAGCAGUAAUAUUCCUCUCAUGAGAGUUGUACAGUCAAUCAAGCACACAAAAAGGAAGAGCAGUACAAUGGUGAAGGAAGGAUGGAUGGUCCACUAUACUAGUAGAGACAAUCUGAGAAAAAGACAUUACUGGAGACUGGACAGCAAAUGCCUCACACUAUUUCAAAAUGAAUCUGGAACAAAAUAUUACAAGGAGAUUCCACUUUCAGAAAUUCUCCAGGUGACUCAGCCUCGAGAUUUUUCAAAUGUGGUGCAGGGCAGCAACCCAUACUGUUUUGAGAUCAUCACUGACACCAUGGUGUACUUCGUUGGUGAAAACAAUGGCAGCAGUCAUCACAGUCCUGUUCUUGCUGCAACUGGAGUUGGACUUGACGUAGCUCAGGGCUGGGAGAAAGCCAUUCGUCAGGCUUUGAUGCCAGUCACUCCUCAAGCUAGCGUUUGCACUGCUGCAGGACAAGGAAAAGAUCACAAAGAGUUAUCUCUGAGCAUCUCUGUUUCAAACUGCCAGGUCCAGGAGAAUGUGGAUAUCAGCUCUGUGUACCAGAUAUUUGCUGAUGAAGUGCUGGGUUCUGGUCAGUUUGGUAUCGUAUAUGGAGGAAAACACAGGAAGACUGGAAGAGAUGUGGCUAUCAAAGUCAUUGACAAGAUGAGGUUUCCCACUAAACAGGAAAGUCAGCUUCGUAAUGAAGUAGCCAUUCUCCAGAAUUUGCACCACCCUGGGAUUGUGAACCUGGAAUGCAUGUUUGAAACCCCAGAACGAGUCUUUGUUGUAAUGGAAAAGCUGCAUGGGGAUAUGCUAGAGAUGAUUCUUUCCAGCGAGAAGAGUCGACUUCCAGAACGAAUAACUAAGUUCAUGGUCACUCAGAUACUUGUUGCUUUGAGGAAUUUGCACUUCAAGAAUAUUGUGCACUGUGAUUUAAAACCAGAAAAUGUACUACUAGCAUCUGCAGAGCCAUUCCCUCAGGUGAAGCUGUGUGAUUUUGGCUUUGCACGUAUCAUUGGUGAAAAGUCUUUCAGGCGCUCUGUGGUAGGCACACCUGCUUAUCUUGCCCCUGAAGUGCUCAGGAGUAAAGGUUACAACCGCUCUCUAGACAUGUGGUCAGUAGGGGUUAUUGUCUACGUGAGCCUUAGUGGUACGUUUCCUUUUAAUGAAGACGAGGAUAUAAAUGAUCAGAUUCAAAAUGCAGCAUUUAUGUACCCACCAAAUCCUUGGAAGGAAAUUUCUAGUGAAGCCAUUGAUUUGAUAAACAAUUUGCUUCAAGUGAAGAUGAGAAAACGUUUCAGUGUUGACAAAUCCCUUAGUCACCCAUGGUUACAGGAUUACCAGACUUGGCUUGACCUCAGAGAAUUUGAAACACGCAUUGGAGAGCGUUACAUUACCCAUGAGAGUGAUGAUGCACGCUGGAAAGAGCAUGCUUAUGAACACAACCUUGAGUACCCCCAGCAUUUUAUUAUGGCUCCUAAUCCAGAUGACAUGGAAGAAGACCCUUGAUUAUUCAGUACAGCAAGAGACACUCCAGAGAGAAACUAAGGAUAAGUUUUGGAACAACCCUUGCUCUUUCUGAAGUCCUAUAUACCUAAUUCAGUGUAUGAAGUCCCAGAGGAUCCUGCAUUGAUACGAGAAUAAACUGUCAUCUGACAAGAUUUUCUCUGUCACUAACUUAAACUAUGAGUUACUGGACAAUAAGAUAAGUCUCAUUGGGUAACAUUUCACCGAGCUGUGUGGCUUCAAAGCCAUUACUGAGGCGUAAUGUGUACAGAUUGAAUGGUUUGUGUGUUUUCCAAGGAUUUCUGUUUUCAUAGCCUACACAGUAAGAAUUUUGUAAUGGUUUUCUAAUCCCUAUUUACUAGAACAUAGAGGACCAUUUGCUGUUACUUAGAUACAUCUCCCAUUUCCUGAACUGUGCAUGGUGAAAAGAGUCUGUAAAAAGGAAUCAGAACAGAGUACCUUGGCUAAUGGCAGAACAUGUUGGUUUAGGUUGAACACAGCUUCAUCCAUGAAGGAAUAAUUUGCUGCUGUUAAGAUGGUUAAGUGUGAGUGUCUUUUCCCCAACUGAACUUUUCCCAGAUACUUAAAAACAAAACACCCCACCAUUUAAAUUCCUCAUAAAGUACUGGCUGACAAUCCAAAGAGGUGACAAUCACAGCUGUGCCAGUACUUUGUUUUGUUCAAGUCCUUUAUUUCUGUUAAAACAGAGCAAUAAGCCACAACAAUGUGCUGCUGUGCAAGGCCGGCACACUUCAUUGAUACACACCAAAGGCAUUUUGUAUUAAAACUACACAAGUAAUGCACAGAGAGCACACAGGACUUGAUGUAGCUUAUCCUUUCACACAGAAGGAUGUGGCAGAAUAGGGAAAAAUUAUAUGCAGCUUUCUUCUGUUGUUUUAUUAGAUUUAAAUUUUUUUCUAAUAUUUUUGUAAUUUGUUUUAAGGUUCCCUGAACUUACAUCUGGAGUAGCUUGUAGCUUGUAUCUUAAGUCUGCUUAAAACCUAGGAGCAACAGUAGACAUCAAAUCACCUGUUGCUUCUGCCAGGGCAACUGGAUUGUAGGAGAAAGGGCUAUACCUCCUGAUCUUAACCUACGGCUCUUGUUUGAGCUGAAUAAAGAGUCCAGAACUGAACUGAAUUCACUUUUUUUAAUGCAGAUGUCUCAGUUGAGGGAUUCCCAACCACUGAGUGGAUUUGUGGUACAAGAGAGGAGGCAGCAGUGUUCUGUGAAAUGAAUCCUGCAGAGAACAGUGUAACAGUUAAUGCUGUCGAGAUGUUUGAGGCCAUGAAUGCUAAAUGCAAAUGGAGAAGUGUGGGGCUGUUUUGUCCUGUUUUAACAAAUGGAAAAGGUGAAAUCUUUCCUCCUGCAUGGAAUAACAGUAUUGUGGUGUUGGAAGGUGCUGAAUGGCUCUACAUAUCUCUCAUGUACCAGGCUGCUUCAUGGGAGCUUGCUUUGAAUUAGUUUUGAAAAUAAUGAUACAGGCUUGAACUGCAAAAUCAGUGAGAGGCUUUGGGGUGUCUCAUCUCUCUCACCUACAAAGACUUUUAAAAUGUAGAUAAGGAAUUGUUUCCUGCUGUUCUUCAGGUAAGGAAGCAGGUGAGCAGAGUUUUCUCUAAGUUGUUAGAUACACAUAAGAUUUUAACAUGGUUAUUUCAGGGCUGGCAGCUGCUUGCAAUGACAGUGACAUGAUAGUCAAGUCAGUGGCAGUUGAAGGAAGUAUUUACCCACAGGUAGGUUUGGCUCUUUAAUCCAUCUUUUCUUUUCCUAUUGCCCUUAAUCUGACUGCCACUGCAUUCUGUAGGUGUCUGAACUGGUAAAAUGCUGAACUCCGUUAGGAAACACAGCGUUGUCCAACAUGUUGGUGCAGCCUGUAUGGCAGUUUCCUACAGCCAGCAGUGGGCAGAGCUUCAGCCCUUCCAACCACCAAACAUCCUCUAUCCUAGCACAAGUUUUCCUCAAGUUCAUGCAGGAAACUUGCCUAUAUUGCAGUCUCUGUCACUCCUGCACUGGGGGUCAUGCUUCUCCUUCUAUGCUGUUAGUGGAAAGAAAUUGAGAAGGAAUGGAGUUUGUCCCCUUAACCUUGCCACCUGUCAAGGCAGUUUCAGGACUUAUUCCUCAGAGGGGCACUAGUUCUCCUCUUUAGAACCAGGACAGUAGCUUCUGAAGUUGGUAUUUACCUAGGCUUGGCAAGGGAAAGUGUUUGCUUCUUUCCAAUUUCCACUGUUCAAGUGAUGACAUUUCAGUGAAGCCAUUGCUAUCUUCCAUCCUAACUGUAAUAAUGUAGAUGCAGUCUAGUUUUAAACUUGAUUGUAUACUUGAGGUUUUCCUCUGUGUGUUGGUGUGUUUGUGGUUUAAGGGAGGAAAUACAGCCAGCUCAGUCAUUUGAAAAAGCAUGACAGGCUAGAGAAGGAGGGGACAAUAAUGAAGGAGAAAGCCUGACUGGUGUCAUUCCCCAUGAACUCUGCUCUCCUUCAAAAUAUUUUGAGCUAUUUAUUCAAGUUGUAUGAAAAAAUAAUGGUGUUGGGAGCUGGAGGAGAUUGCCUGACUGUAUACACAGAUUUAUGGAGCCAGACAAUAGAAGCUGCACACAGCUAACAGUAGGGGAAUAAUCAGACCUACAUUGAAAGUAAACUUUCUUUGGAGUACUACAAAUAGCUGAAUUUUUAUUCUCUUUUUUUUUUUUUCUACUUUUACUGCAGACUUUGACAGCAGGUUACAGUGUUUAAUAUCUUUACCCCUAGAUGAAUUAAGUUGCAUUCAUUCAAGAACUAGUGCUAUGAUGAUGCUAGAAAAAGCUCAUGUAAAAUUUAUAGCCUGAAAAGGACACUGUCAAUUACUUUUAUAUUUUUAUACAUCCCCUUGUUUGUAAAUAUCUUCUGAUAAGCUUGAAAAUAAAAUUUAUUUCCCUAUCA